AUGCCCACAUCUCCAAUACCAGCCCCCAGCGAGGACAGCAGCGCCCGCUCAUCCUCUGACUAUGACGAGAAGUUCGGCCUGCUCGAAGGCGUCCCGUCCAGACCUCUCGCCGGUGCGUCGCCACGCAUUCGCUGGGCUUUCAUAGUGCUGGUGCUGUCCAACGUCGUCUCCUUAUGUGGGCUAGUCUACGCCGCGGUGAGGCCACAGCCCGUAUCAAGCACGGUGGUAUAUCCGACGCAGCCGGAUUGGUUUCCUCCGCAGAUCCCCGUGAAGAAAGUCUUCCAGAGCGAGCCGCUGUUUGCGCAGAAGCCGAAUAAUGAGAGCAUCGCUGCGUGGAAUUCACUUUUGCCGAAGGGACGCGGCUGGGUCCACAUGCGCAAUAAGACAGCCCUCCCCGACAUGCCAGGCCUGAACCAGUCGCUGCCCGAGCACAUCGCGCUGCCGUCGGUAUACCACCAGCUGCACUGCCUCUACAGCACCAUGCACAGCUACUACGACCUCCUAGACCACAUCAACAACCCGCAUCAGAAACGGGAGCUCCCCACUGACCCGGGCUGGAACAAGGAGCACCUCAACCACUGCUGGGACUACCUGCGGCAGAACAUCAUGUGCGCGGCAGACGUGACGCUGGAAUGGCAUCGGUGGAACGAAAAGGUCGAAUCGGGCUGGGGGUAUGAGCACCAGUGUAAGGACUGGGAUGCGCUGACGGAGUGGGUGCUGGAAAGGCGGACGUCGAAUAAUUGGGGCUUAUUGAGGGGGGAGGGGGAGAGGAUUCCGCUGAAGGAGGGCUCGUAG